AUGAUUCUCCGGACGCAGAUAUUGCUUCUGAGCCCGCUGUUCGGUCUCUCGGCAUGGGCAGCAGAAACUCGAGCCUCAGAGUCGUCUCGGCCACGAGGAGUUGGACCGGAGUUUGCAAAGUUCUAUAAGAAGUCCUCCACCGACACCUUCACAUGCAUAUCCAACCCGUCCAUUACCAUACCGUUUUCCCGAGUCAACGAUGACUUUUGUGAUUGCCCAGAUGGUUCAGACGAACCAGGGACGGCCGCCUGUUCUUAUCUCUCUCCUCUGUCACCUCCACAAUACCAUCCUGGCCCUGGGACCGCCGCAGGCUCCUUGAACACCACACUAGCAUUGCCCGGAUUCUACUGCAAGAACAAAGGCCAUGUUCCGUCCUAUAUUCGAUUUGAGAGCGUCAACGAUGGCAAAUGUGAUUACGACCUAUGUUGUGAUGGGUCAGAUGAAUGGGCUCAUGUUGGUGGGCUGAAAUGCGAGGAUAGGUGCAAAGAGAUUGGGAAAGAGCACAAGAAGACGGAGGAAGUCAAGCAGAAAGCACUGAAAGCUGCGUUGAAGAGGAAGAGCUCCUUGAUUGCCGAGGCCGAGAGGUUGAGGAAAGAGGUGGAAGACCGCAUAGGGACCCUCGAAACCCAGCUACAGGCCCAGCAGCUUCGAGUCAAAGAUGCUGGCGAUAUGCUGAAGGAUGUUGAACGCAGAGAAAAGCUGAGGAUCGUCCGCGGGGACGCCACUGGGAAAGGAAGCGGCAAAUUGGGCGUAUUGGUCGGACUGUCCCAGAAUCGAAUCAACGAACUACGAUCUCAGCUUGAAAAGACAAAAGUUCAAAGAGACGCCAUGCUAGGAAGAGUGGCAGAACUUGAGGGUCUCCUUUCUGCCCUGAAGGAUGAGCACAACCCCAAUUUCAACGACGAAGGAGUCAAAAGAGCCGUUCGUGGCUGGGAAGACUAUGCAGCGCGCGAGACUGACGACGGUUGGACCGAAGCGGAAGAUCGAGACCUGGCAGCGGUACUUCAGGAGGAUACCGAAUCAAAUGGCAUCAACUGGGCCGAGUUUGAGAACGAGCCAUCAGAACCGGAGUCUGAUGUUGCAGCGUUGUACAAAUUCAGUUCAUAUUUGCCCGAUGGAAUCAGAAUUUGGCUAGACGACACGCUCACUUCUCUCCGGAAGAUCCUCGUCGAAAACGGUGUCCUCCCCGACAACUCUGAUCCUGCGUCUCAAGCUGCAGAAAGCAAGGCUGUGCAAGAUGCAAAGAAGGCGCUCAGCGAUGCGGAACGUGACGUUCGGAACACGGAAAACGACGUGAAGCGACAUCGAGAAGACCUCGAGAAGGACUAUGGCCCCGACAAUGGCAUCUUCCGUGCUCUCAAAGACACGUGUAUCUCUCGCGAUAGCGGCGAGUACGAAUACGAGCUCUGCUUCCUGGGCCAGACAAAACAAAAGUCGAGAAAGGGUGGCUCUCAGACCGGAAUGGGUAACUUUGUGGGAUUUGACUGGGAUUACGUUGACGAGAGUGUUGGUGCCGACGGGAAGGGGCUCGGGACGGGUGAGAGGCUGGUCAUGAAAUAUGAGAAUGGCCAGCACUGCUGGAACGGUCCAUCGAGAUCGACUCGGGUCAUUCUUGCAUGUGCGGAAAAGGAUGAGAUCUGGAAGGUUAGUGAAAGUGAAAAGUGUGUAUACCGCAUGGAGGUCGGCACUGCUGCGGUAUGUGAGCCGCCAUCCUCGGGCAACAAAAGCAAACCCUCUACAUCUGAGGAGGCGGAAGGGAAAAAGGAUGAGCUGUAG